AUGGUCUUAAAACAUAACUUAAAAAAAGAUUUGAAAGACUUGAAUGAAAGAAUCAAAGAUUUAGAACAGAGCAAAAAGAAAUCCAACGAUGAAAAUCAAUUACUACUCUCCUUUUUAUCGAAUGAAAUAGGUAGUAAUGAUUUAAAUGAUUUAAGAAAUUUAUUAGCAGGGCAAAAACUUACGGAGAUCUUAGCUGAAUUAGAAAACCGAAAGCAAGUUAUGCAAAACUUUAACAUAGAUUUAGCGAUAAAACGAGAGGAAUUAUCAAACGUAGGCUCUCUAUCUAAAUAUUUUAAAGAACAGAUAAAAGCGCAAGAAAAAGAAACCAUCAAAGAGCGAGAUGAAGUAAUCAAAACCAAUCAGGAAAUAAUUAGAGCAAGAGAAAGAGAUUUAUUUAAAGGAAAAGAUUAG